UUCUGUUCUGUUGCGUCUCGGCAGUCGGGACGAUCCCAACCGCCCGUGACAAUCCCAAAUGACCACGUCAAUCCCAACCAUCCGUUACAAUCCCAAAUGACCACGUCAAUCCCAACCGUCCGUUACAAUCCCAGAUGUCCAUGUCAAUCCCAACCAUCCGUUACAAUCCCAAAUGUCCACGUCAAUCCCAACCAUCCGUUACAAUCCCAAAUGACCACGUCAAUCCCAACCGCCCGUUACAAUCCCAGAUGUCCAUGUCAAUCCCAACCGCCAGUGACAAUCCCAACUCUCCGUGACUGCCCAGUUUGUGAUCGGUGGCGUCUCAACCUCCCCCCUUUGAUUUUCCUCCGCCAAAUUUCGCCGAAAUCCACGCAGCUCGUCCCGUGUCGCCACUUCCAGGAACACACGCGUCUGUCGACACAAAGGCAAAGUGGUGUCAAGAUCGGCCUCUGUGGAGGAGGCUCGUGAAGGACGCUACUGGGCAGUUGGAGGCAGUCGCCCUCCAACAACAACGGAGGACGGAGGAGCGACGCUCACAACAACGAGCGGAGCGCCGGGUGGCUAAAGCGCAGCAAGUUGGCACAGUAGGGGGCACAGGUGGUGCAUCAGCCAGUCAUCUCGGUCAUCUCAGUCAGUCGACCUGUGGCACCUGCUGGGUCUGCCCCGUGACCUCCUGCCAGCGGGCGUUUCACGUGGCCUCAAGGUGCACAUGGCCUGGCACAAGCGUCGUGGUGACGUCACCGACACUUCGUGGCGAAUGUUGUUGUUGUGAGUCGCGGGGAGCGGUGGCGCAGCGGUUCGCGCCGCAAUGCGCUACGAACCCCCGGCAACCCGCGUUCGAUUCCGGCUCACGGCCACCAACAUCGGCGGCGAAUAUCCUGCCCCCCCCAGGUCGACUCAGCCUUAAAUGAGCACCUGAUGCGUUGCAUGAAUAUCAGCACUGGGGAGACCAAGUUGGCCAGGAAAAAAAGAGUUUCUCAUGGGCUACACGGCGAGGGUGGAGAGGGGGGGUGGGGAUCGAUCCUUUAGCGAGCGCCUGCCUGGGCGUGGUUGUGGUUUUCCUGGAGCCCUUUUGGGUCCCGAGCGGGACCAGUGGAGGACUCCAGACCGCUGAACCUCCUUCCUCCGUGGCAGCGGCGGCGACGGCUCCUCCUCUUGGCGAUCAAUCGAACGAGCGAUCGAGCGAGGGAGCUGUCGAGCGAGUCUAAGGACGACGCAAGGAAGGAGGGGAGUGAAGACGAGCCCCGCUCGUUGUCCGUGUGCCAUGAAGACGACCCGUCUCCCCUCCCCGCCUGCGCGGUGUCGUUCCUGCACAGGUGCUGCCAUGGCCAUGUACCACGUGGUGGUGAUCUGCACACUCCUUGCGUCCACGUCUGGGACGUCCUUGACAUCGUCCGUGCCGGUCUCCAUUCCCAGCAGUCGAGUGCCCACAAUGUCGCUGCCUGUGCCCAUCCUGGACCAAGUUGCCCCCACCACAGUCGCAUCAAUUGUAGCAACACCAACCGCAGUCGCCCCCACCACAGUGGCAUCAACCAACGUUGCCCCCACCACAGUCGCAUCAACCACAGUCGCACCAACCACAGUUGCAUCAACCAAAGUUGCCCCCACCACAGUCGCCCCCACCACAGCCGCCCCCACCACAGUCGCAUCAACCAAAGUUGCCCCCACCACAGUCGCCCCCACCACAGUCGCGUCAACCACAGUCGCCACAACCACAGCCGCUCCCACAGCAACCACUCCAGCAGUGACAUCUGCAGCUACAAACGGUGGUGGGACCUUGGCUGCCCCGGCCAUAGCCAAUGAAACCACAGCAGCGACAGCCGCAACCGAGCCGGGCACGGCCACCCCGAUCCCGGCCAAGCAAACGACGGCCGCCCCGAUUACAACCGCGGGCGCGGCCUCCUCCGAAGCCACGACCCACGCCGUCCCUCCGCCCGCUGCCACCGCCGCUCCUCCUCCGACAGCGACCACCACCGCCACCGCCACCGCCGGAGGAGCGUCGCACUCCCCGCAGGCGACGGUGGAGACGUGGAAGGUCGUGGUGAUCGUGAUGGCCGUGCUGCUGGCGAUCGUCUGCAUCGUCGUCUACGUGCGCCGCCGCAAUCGGCAGAAGUGCGGCUCGGCCAACCUGUCCGGCGCCGAGAUGCCACGGAUGGGGCGGGAGAAGGGCAACAAUGCCUGGGCAGGGCCCGCGCCGCGGCCCAACACCUACGUCCAGGUGGACGGCGAGUUCGGCCCGGACUUGCUGCUGCAGGCCGACACGCAGGAUGUCAACCACCAGGACGGAGACGCAACGGCGCCCGGAGCGGCAGCGGAGCCGCCCGCGGAGGAAGCGUCGGACAUUGCGGAGCAGAGUCGGGGCGCGAACGGCAAGCGCUCGUCCUUCCAAUCCUUGGUGACGUUCGCGCGGAAGAGCCGCAAGCGGGAUCAGGCGGAGGACUGCGCCGUCAGCCUCAUCGCGAGCAAGCCGGGGGGCGCCGGCGACGAGGCGAUGGCGCCGCCGCCACCGCCGCCGGAGGAGGAGGGCGACGCCGCCGCCGCCGCCGCCGCCGCCGACAACAAAAAGGGUGCCGGCACGGGGCUGGGCGGUCCCCGCGAGGACACGGCCUCCACCGACACGCUCAGCUCCGUGCUCACAGCCGAGGCCUUCAGCGUCACCACGGAGCUGUGAGACAGCCCGGCAUGUGCAGCCUGGCUGCCGUGAGCCGCAGCGUCACCACCAGGCCUGCAGCGUCAUCGUCGUCAUCACCACCAUCGUCACCGCCGCCAGAGGGCGGCCUCACCGCUGGGCUUGCAGCAUCGCCACGGAGUAACCUCACCACCAGACGUACCGCGUCAUCAUCAUCGUCACCGCUGCCGCCGCCGGAGCGCGGCCUCAUUGUUGGGCCUGUGGCAUCGCCACGAAGCGACCUCACCACCAGACCUACGUCCUCACCGUGAGACGUACAGCAUCGUCAUCACCGCCACCGCCGGAUGGCGGCCACACCACCUGGGCCUGCAGCAUCGGCACGAAGUAACCUUCCCACAGACGUACAGCGUCAUCAUCAUCAUCAACACCAUCAGCACCACCACCAGACCUACGUUCUCCCCUGUCACCCAGGCCUUUGCCUCCGCGAAGAGUUGUCAAGUUCAAGUUGAUUUUGGUUUGUUUGAAUCAGGUGGGAUCUAGAGAUAUCAUGAUACAUGAGUCUCAGAGAACUGGGGCAUCGGUCUGCUGCCGGUAGUCGGGGGUGGCAAUGAUCGCUGCUGUUGUUGCUGUGUGUGUGUGUUUCAUCGCCAAUUGUGUAAUGUGUGGUGUUAUUUUCGAAUUUGGCAAUGGCAGCCCGACUUCUUGCAAAUGGCGUCGGGGGGAUCUUCCACCACUGUGAGCGGAGCGGUGACCGCGCGUGGGAUGGUUCAGGUUCAUUCGCACACCGCGCUGUUCAUCGACGGGUGGCCGCUGGAGCCGAACCGUCGCCGCCUGCCGUGGAGGCAUCGGAGGCUUGGCCUGGGACACGUCAAGUGUUUGUGCGAUGACCGAUCAAAGGAAAAGUCCCCCCCAGUUUUAUAUAUAUUGUUAUUUUCUUUUUUAUCCUGGAAAGCCACGCUGAGUCGUAGGAUCUCAGUCUCAGGAAAAGCAAUGCUUGAUUGGGUCUUUAAGAUGUUUGCAGCCAAUGAAUGUGUUUAUUAUACAGUGCAUGGCAAGAAACCGGAGCCCCUGGAGAAAAAGCGCAUGCCUUGCGCGGCGAGGGGGCAACGCUGUAUCCCCAUACAGAUGGGAACAGAUGGAGAUUCGUCCACACUUUGCUGUACCGCCUUCUGCUGGUGAGCCACGGAAUGGCACCUCCCCAACACCCUCGGUUAGAAGGGAGUUUCACAACAACAACAUCUGUGUGUGCGGUAAUCCACAACCCUCGCUGCUGCCUCCACAUUGGUGGAUCACAAGCAGUAUACGUCGUGUGUGAUGCACGGGAUGCCUUGUAUUGUUACGUGAGAAGCUGUGUUUUUUUACGGCGUUACGGGAUUGUAAGAAAUAUACUGUAAGAGUACAAUGCAGUGUUUGCGCCGCUGAAAGGGAUUUCCCUGCAGAAAGCAGCGCGUUGUUCACUGGAAGGCAAAAUUCUUAUAGAAACAUUUUAAGUUCUACUUUUAACACGGAGUAGGCUUUCACGACCAAAAUCAUCCACAAUGCAGUUUUUUUUGGGUUAGAUCGCGAAAAUAAAUGUGUCGUUAAACCCGCCACCAUGUGACACGGCCAAUUAGUAAGGUUUGUCACAUAAACAGAACGUGCCAAUCUAGAUUUGAAGUUUUCGUGACCGCAGGGAUCCAUACUCGUUAGUUCUUUCGGUAAAGUCACGUAGGUAGAAAAUAAAAUGAGUUAAAUCACGACGUUUCGAUUGCAACACAAGCAACCAUCAUCAGGUGGGAAAACCACAGCAAGAAUGCUUUUUUGCUGAAGUGGAAGAGUUGGUUGCCGUGCUAAGAGCUUAUAUAGGUGUAAUAAAGGUCGUUGAGGCGACUUAUGGAAUCUGGUAUUUUAUUCAACUUGUAUUACAGCUUUCCUUCACGCUGCUGACAGGCAGCGUGAGAGGGAUAGAUAGAGACGCACUGCCACGUGGCAACCCGGAGCCCCGCUCUCGCGUGGCCCCUUUCCUCCGUUCGUUCCCGUUCUGACCACGUGUCGUCCGUCUCCACCCCUAUUUAAUACCCGGGUCACGUGGUACGUUUCCACCAAUCCUGGUUAGUCUCUAUGGAAUAUUCCAGAGGCUCCCGGGACCACGCCCCUGACUCGUCUCCCCAUUGGCUGUGGCUAAAGCCAGCAGAACCAAUCCUCUACAACCAGCUGUCACCUUUCCAUUACGUCAGGGCCACGCCCCUAGGCUUCCCCCCAUUGGCUAUGAACCAGGACCGGCAGAGCCAAUCGUCGUGACGAGUUGUAAUCCGUCAACGACCCGGAUAUAACCUCACAUUACAUAGGCAAGGAAGGGGGAGGAGCAAGGGGGAGAGGGAGGGGUGGGGGUGGGGGUGUGGGGUAGAGGGAGGGCGAUUGCAGGCCCUGUGGUUUUCUCACCUGAUGAUGAUUGCUUGUGUUGCAAUUGAAAUGUCGUGAUUUAAUUAAUUUUAUUUUAUACCUACGUGACUUUACCGAAAGAACAAACGGAUACAGAACAUGCCACUUCGGUGCCUAUACAGCAAUCAAGCUGUCCGCCUGAUGAUGCUGGUUGUAAUUACUGGCGAAACGUCUUACUCAAGAUUGUAAAUGUUGUGGAUUUGCUCUUCGACAGACCGGUGUGCUGUACUAGAAAUGGAUUGGCCACGUUCUGUUCUACGUGACGGGUGGUGGCGGGUUUAACAGAUUCAUAUUUAUGCGAUCUAACCCCAAAAAAACCCCUUUAUUAUGGCUUCCACUUUAAAGUUCUACUUUUUGUUGUUGUCAGCGUGGCCGGCUUGUAACAUAGAGCAGUGCAUUUGCUCGACCGCUCCACAGCACCACGCGGGACCCAGUAAAUGAAACAAAACCCGCACACGCACGGCCACUGUGGGAGUUGAGGGCCGGGGGUGGGGGCUGAUGGCCGUCUGCUGUCAUAAUGAGCAAUCGCGACCAAUGGAGAGUGGGGAGGGGGGAAACGAAGGCUGGAUCGGCCACUGAACGGCACGGGCGAGAGUCCGUGUGAUUCGUUUGGAAGCAAUCAGGCUGUCAAGCUGCGCGAUUGAUCGAUUUAGUUGCGCGCGAGAAGGUUGCAUGCAUAAUAAAGGUUUUUGGGUUAGAUCGCUUAAGUAUAAAUGUGUCGUAAGCCCUCCACCACCCGACACAGCAAGGAAGGUUUGUCACGUAAACAACGCGCCAAUUAGUUACUACUUCAGCAAACCGGUGUGUUGGAGAGUAAAUCGACAACAUGUACAAUACCUUUCGCUGGUAAUUACAUUCAGCAUCAUCGGGCGAUUUGCCAGAAUAGUGAAGCAAUCCACCUGCUUCCGGUCUUAAAUGGAGCAGCAGCAGCAGGACGACGUCAUCACUGAACCCAUCCGGUGCAGAGAUCAGAGGCGGAGGGAGGGGGGUAUUACAAUUAUAUAAUAGAUUAGUAAUCAGUUAAUUAACAUGUGUUUCCUCUAUAAGGAGUGCAGUUGUAAGAUGUAUUGCUUAAUAAAACGCUUCCAGGCUGCACUAAGCCUGCAGUUGUCAGAGCGGUUAAAGUUAUUUGUAUUUCUCUCAAUUUCAAUGGAUUCUAGAAUUAGUCUCGGCCAGUAAUAAUUAGUUUUACACAACACUUCAACGGUAUCAACAUCAAUUGAGUGUCCUUGUUGGAAAGUAUAUUCUGCAAAUGCCGACAGUUGUGUUUGAGAGUAUUUAAUAUUUCUUUGUUCUUUUAGUCUUAUGCUAAUGGUACGUCCUGUCUGACCAAUAUAGCAUCUGCCACAUACGCAAUUAAUCUGAUACACAUCUUCUGGUGAUAACUUAGGCAAUUCAUCUUUAGCACAAGAUACUAUAUUAUUUGGGUCUUUGAGUAAAGUUACGUAGAUAGGUUUUAAAAACGUCGUAGUGUUUUUUUUUUUACCUAUCUACAUGACUUUACCGAAAGACUCAAAGAAUAUUAAUUCUUGCAGUCACGAAAGCUUUAACACAAGAUACAAGUUUAUUUAUUUAUUUAGUGUAGCGUUCCAAACCUUACUUAGAUUUUUUUGGUUUUUCCAAAACGAAUUUGUCAGUUACUCCCACAGUCUCUGGUAUUUUUUUUUUAAUAACGUGAUCGCUUUCAGCAGUAUUGCUGUUCGAUCUUGGCAUCCAAUGCUCUGUUAAUUUGAGCGUUAUUUUAGCCAUUUCCUCGUAGUGCUUCUUUAACAUGUUUCAUCUCUCUCCUUAGACUUUCACCAUCUGACACUGUUUAGCCCGAUGUAUUUUUUUUAAUAACGUGAUCGCUUUCAGCAGUAUUGCUGUUCGAUCUUGGUUUAGCAUCCAAUGCUCUGUUAAUUUGAGCGUUAUUUUAGCCAUUUCCUCGUAGUGCUUCUUUAACAUGUUUCAUCUCUCUCCUUAGACUUUCACCAUCUGACACUGUUUAGCCCGAUGUAUGAGCGUCUUGAUGAGAGAGGAUUUCUGUGCGGGGUGAUGAUGCGAAUCUGCAUUCAGAUAGGCAUCAGUGUGCGUUCCCUUUCGGUAAACGCUGUCUGUUAUUUUACCAUUUAGGCCGCGUCCGAGCAAAAUAUCCAGGAAUGGGAGCAUGUUAUUCAUCUCCAUUUCCAUGGUGAACUGGAUGGCCGGGUUUUGCGAAUUGAGAUGAUUGAGCAAUUCAUUAAGUGCAUCUUUACCAUGUGGCCACACAAACAAAAUGUCAUCCACACAAGUAAACAAAAAAUAUGGUUUCAAUAUACUUGAAGCAUCUGCUCUUGAUUCAAAGUUUCCCAUGUACAGAUUCGCAACAGCAGGAUACAAAGGAGAGCCUAUUGCUGCUCCUUCCUUUUGUUUAAAGAAAUCACCUCUCAAUCACAAAUAAGUGUAAUUUAGACAAUGGUCAGCUAGUUUUGGAAUAUAUUUUGCACGCAAACCCAUCGUUCAGGCGUGCGGACCAGCGGGGGUUCAAUGGUAAUGCAACUUUAAUUUCCGUGCCAGGCAGGGUUUUGGGGCAGUGCCUACCAACCCACAUUGUGUGUGCAAAGCACACGUGUAAAUGUGUCGUCGCGGCUUGGUUGGAUGCACGCCAUUCAUUAAACACUUCGUCUCCAGCACGUAACGGUGUCGUCGUCACGUAUUCAUCCAGGUGGGCUGACCCCCCAAGUUGAAUCUCGAGAGUUCAAAGCUUGUAUGUACGCGUGUUGAGCUUCUUUUGCGCCACCGUACGUAGACAACCGUGCUAAUCGGAGGCGCGGGGGAAGGACAACAAACUAAAGACUAAAGGCAGUUCUAAAGCAAUGAGUUUCCAAUAUUGAUUGAAAAGUUCACAGCUUCAGUGGUUUUCUCAUAUAGAAAGGAGAGCGUUCCAGACGGCCGCAGAAGCGCAUCCGAAAGCACGCAAUGCAGUGACCGUCCUCUGCGGUCGAUAAAAUAGGUACCGCUUUGUUGGAAAGUCAAAAGCGCUUGUCCUAUUAACCCCCCCCCCGCCUCUGCCAUAGGAAUGUGGAAUUACCUUCACCUGUUCUGUAAGGACUGUAAACGGAUGUGCACCAGUAAAGCCUCAAUGCUCAUUUGAGUCGGAACCCACAAUGACUAUUUUUGACACGCUUUUAUUUAACUCACUGUCUGUUGUUGUCGUUGUAUCCUCAAAUCUUGUAACUCAAUUUUAACACAC